AUGCCCUGUUCGUCGCCGGCGGAAGUGGACCGGGUUAUGGCUCUUAAUCGUUGGCAUUAUAAAGAUUUUCAUAUUUUGGCUGACUCUUGGAUCGAAAAUGCAGGGAGAUCGAGUGUGAUGCGUUCUCUUGGGGAAGUUUGGGUUCGGAUUGAUGGAAUCCCCCUUCAUUUACGAUCCGAUGAGCUUUUGGAACAACUUGGUAAGUUUUGUGGGGAGGUCAGUAGGGAUGGCAAUGGGGCGGGUUUGGGGCGGGUUUGCCUAAACCAUCCCCAUCCCCAUCUUCAAAUACCCAAACCCAUACCCGCCCCAUACCCAUGCGGGGGAAUGUUUUGCAAACCCAUCCCCAUACCCGUGGGUUUCGGGUACCCAUGGGUAAUACCCAUCCCCGUACAUCCAACAUUAUUAUACCUAAAACUUACAAGAAAAGUUUUAAUUAUAACCAUAAACAAACCUAUUAUAUCACGAAGUCAACAAAACACGGUCAUUUUCUAA